AAAAAAUUUAGUCGUCAUUUUACAAAAUGGCCAAGUAUUUGAUGAUAAGUAUCAGCGUGUUGGCUAAAAUUAUUUUAAUACAAGGAAUUUUUUACAAAAAUAUCAAAGUAUCAAUGCGACUGGAUCUUUCGGGUUCAUUGAAUCGUCUCUGCGGCGUCGACGAGUCUACUGACGAUGAUGAUUUGACAUGUGAUUGCUUAUCCCGUUUAUCGAUAUCAAGCACAGUGCAAGCGGGAAAAUAUCACCAUGUUGCUAAUUACAACAAGAACAAUUCAGCUGCAUUGACUGGUUAUGCAUCGAUCCAUCAAACUGAACCAGAUUUAUAUCUUGGAGGUCGAUCACGGCUCAAAUUCAAUAAUGCGAAAUGUACCAAAAAUGGCGAAACUAAAGAAUUGAAAAAUCGUACGACUCACGUAUUCCAUGUCAGCAAGCUAUUUUCAACAGCGACUGUACCAAACGAUUAUUUCGAUUACAUUUUUAAUGACGAUGGAGAAUUGUUCAUUUCUACAAAACAAGAUAUAAACUCUGAAAACGCACUACCAAUUCAAGAACUGUCAUUAGAAGUGAAUGAUACCGAAUUGUAUAAAUUUGACAAAGAUCUCGGUACAAUGUGUGGUGAGUCAUUGAAAAAAGGUUCCAUUGAAGAAUCGCUUUGGAGUAUAUUCAAUUUUACUUUUUUACAUGGCAAUGGAUGUGAUUUUCCGAAGGAUCAUAUAUUUGAACCCAUAUUUAAUAUACCAAUGGCAGUAACAUUGAAUGAGCCACUACCGUGUGGUGAAUAUAAACUAGACUUUUCCAUCAAUGCGGGUAAAUUUUAUUUAUCCUGGUUUGGUUCCAUCAGGUGGUCAUUAUUGUAUGGCAGUCAUUGUGCUUAAUCAUAUCAAUAUAAAAAAAUAAAAAAACUGUGACAAUGUGAAGCCUCUUGUUAAAACCUGGUUGAUUAGUCGCAGCAUAAGGAUCACAAAAAUUU